AUGCACGAUAGUUGCAUCUUCAACGAGAUACUAACAAAUGACAAUGUCCCAUUUUCACAUCCUGAAGAAGGCAAAUAUUAUUUUGUCGAUUCUGGCUAUCCAAACCGGGUAGGUUACCUAGCACCUUUCAGAGGCAGCCGUUACCACCAACAACAAUUCCGAAGUAGUCAACAGAAUAUGACGGCAAAUACCCCAAGGGAAUUAUUUAACAACGUGCACUCGUCAUUACGUAGUGUGGUGGAAUGCACUUUCGGUCCCUGGAAAAAUCGAUGGGGGUUUAUUAGAGACAUGCCUCGGUAUGACUUUGCAAAUGUGAAAGUUCAGUUAGUAGGUGCGUCAAUGGCAUUACAUAAUUAUAUACGGCGAAAUACAAGUAAUCCAACACCUGUUCACCCAAUAUGCGACGAGGAAGAGGCUAUGACAAUAGUAAAUGCCAUACCAGAAGUUGAACAUGACGAGGAUGGUUUAAUGGUUGGGGAUGAGGACCCGCAUAUGGCAUUGGUGCGACUCCGCAUACGCGACAAGUUAGUGUACUUGCGUAAUAACGGAACGUUAGGAAAUAGUCCACCUAAUAUUCGUAGGGUUCUAACAUUGGUAACACACGUGGACUAG